GAAAUGUAUGCGCAGAGCGCGGAGGGAUAUCCAACAUGGCGGCCAGCGGAGGGAGCGCUAGGACUGGGGCGAACAUGGACAAGAGCAUCACCCUCCCGCCCGAUGAAAUCUUCCGCAACUUAGAGAACGCCAAGCGGUUUGCUAUCGAUAUCGGUGAGUGCGCGCAGUGUGCGUGGCCUGGGAUCCAGCAGAUGCAAAUCUGCCAGGGCAGUUAGAUAGCAAGUUAGCGCCUCGCUUCCCUACCCCCCGUGGCACGCCGGGAAAUGUAUUUCCAGAGCGGUCCCUCUGCUUCGCUGACAGGCGACCGGCUGGGCUGCGCGGUACUACACUUCCCGGCAGCCUGAGCGUCGUGGUGUUUGACGGGAAUUGUAGUUGACCGCAGUGAUGUUUACCUAUCACACGGCUGUGUGAGAGGUCUGGAAAAGACUGCAAUUCCCAUAAUGCACCUAUGGGUGCCUUUUGUUGGACUAUGAAAAGUAAACAACCAUGCUGCUACAUUGGUAGUAGCUUGAAAGGUUAAAGCUGUGUUUAAUUCACAUUAAAACAUGGAAUGAGCAGCCAUGGCUGUCAAUUGGUGUAGCAUGCAAUGUAGGCUUGCUUACCUGUUAUGGCAUCAUGUUAAACCCAGGCUUGGUUAUAUUUUAGACCUUUGGUUUAUUACCCCUGGAUUGGGACACACAAUUUAGACCCUUAUUAUUAUUUAUAUAGCGCCAGCAGAUUCAGUAGCGCUGUACAAAGGCGGUUAGACCAAAUACAAAUAUCCCCCUCGAUGCCCUUCCUAUAGUGUUCUUAUACCCCACCUCCUCUAGAUUGUAAGCUCCUGUGAGCAGGGUUCUCGUCUGCAUGUUGUUCCUGUAACGUUUUGUAAUUCUCAUUUAUUAUUAAAUUUCCUCUAUUUUAUAAUAUUGCAAAGUGCUGUGGAAUAAGUCGGCGCUAUAUAAAUUGCUCAGAAUAAUAAUAAUAUACAAUAAAGGAUUUCAUGUUGUAGCCAUAAAUUCCUAAUUGCAAGGGAGACCCAUCUGACAGAGGGUACAAUCUACUGAUUUUAUUCCCCCGGAAUUGGUUACAGAUAUUACAUAACUGUAGAAUAUAAAGUAAUUUUACAUCGAACAAUUGGUCUUCAAUCUAAUGCUAUUUAUGUAAAAUGGUUGCCUGUUUGAAAAAACCCAAAACACUUUUCAGGGCAUAUGUUCCAGAGCUCUCAACUUUCUUUUAGACCAUAUGUUGCUGGAAAAUGUUGUUGUUGUUGUUACUCAGUUUUCAUUUAAGAUUUUUUUUUACCAGGAAGUUCACUGUGGGCAUUAAUAUAGAGACUUUAAAGCAGCACUCGCUCUUCUCUAGACAUGGGUAAAAUAAAAUCAAAACAGUCAGGCAUCCAGGAAAUUCCUAAAUCUAGAGGGCCCUUUGAAAAAGCCCUAAUUUACAGGAGGGGUCCCAAUAAUGAAGACCUACCUCCUUCUGGACCCUCGUGGGUACAUGUGGACCUCUGUUUGCCAGUUUUCUAAGGAGAUGGCCGCGUGCCAAUUUUAGGGAUUUCCCCUCAUGGAUAAAAUGGGUUAUUCGUUUUAAUCUCCUAUUGGAUUUUAUGUUAGAAGCAAAUUGUGUGUGACAUCCACUUUUAAGCCGCAUUAACAACCACUAGCGGCUUACAAUGAAUUGGGAGAGUUUUGUUACUACCUCCUGUCAGUAGUAGGUUUUUUAUUUUUUUUUCCUCUACAGCCUUAUUGAAUGAAUUCCUCCUCCCAAACCCCACUCUGCAGCAGCUCUGUGUGCAGGUUGUGCAUUUAAAGCGAAACUAUAUUGCUAGGAAUAUAAAGUUGUAUUCAUAGCACUAUAGUAUCCUCUGUCCCGCCCCCUCCCUAGCAGAUCCCCUUAGCACAGAGAGGGUUAAAACCCCUUUUUUUCACUUACCUGAUUCCAGUGCUGAUUUCCUCCUCCGCCUACAUCAGCCGACAUUGGGGACCUAAUGUGCAUGCGCGGCGAUAACAUUAGGACUUCCCUAUAGGAAAGGAUUGAAUCAAUGCUUUCAUGUGGAGUUUUAGUUGACACUGGAUGUUCUCCUGCAAAGCGUAAGCACGUCCAGCGUCAUUUAGCUGACCAAAAGUCUGCUAAGGAUUUGAAAGCACUUCUAGUGGCUGUCUGGUGGGUGGAGUUCAACAUGCAAGGUAAUCAUUGCAGUUUCUCAAUGACUGCAAUAAUUACAAAUGCAGGGUUAAGGGGACAAGGACACUACACCAAGAUGAAGUGGUCUGGGUGCCUAUUGUCUCGCUUUAAAGGACCACUCUAGGCACCCAGACCACUUCAGCUUAAUGAAGUGGUCUGGGUGUCAGGUCCCUCUAGGAUUAACCCCCUUUUUUUUGUGUUUGUUUUUAUAAACAUAGCAGUUUCAGAGAAACUGCUAUGUUUAUAAAUAUGUUAAUCCAACCUCUAGUGGCUGUCUCAUUGACAGCCGCUAGAGGCGUUUGCGUGCUUCUCACUGUGAAAAUCACAGUGAGAAGCCGCCAGCGUCCAUAGGAAAGCAUUAUGAAUGCUUUCCUAUGAGACAGGCUGAAUGCGCGCGCAGCUCCUGCCGCGCAUGCGCAUUCAGCCGGAGAGGAGGAGGAGAGCUCCCCGCCCGGCGCUGGAAAAAAGGUAAGUUUAACCCCUUUCCUCGCCAUCCAGCCCGGCGGGAGUGGGACCCUGAGGGUGGGGGCACUCUCAGGGCACUAUAGUGCCAGGAAAACGAGUUUUCCUGGCACUAUAGUGGUCCUUUAAUUUGGGUUGCUUAUGAAAAUGUAAUCCUGCAGAGAAUUGGUCAUUUUAAUAUUGCCCUUCUACAUUUGUAUGAUGAGGUGUCUGAUCUGUUUCCAAAACAAGCUAGAAUCGAUUUCCUUACUGAUGUAUAACUAAUGUUAUCCCAAUAUUAGUUUCAUUGUGUCAACAAGUGAACAAACAAAUCAAUAUUUGUACAUGUUCCAUUAAACUUUAUAGGAGCUUAUGUUGAUUUUACAGUUUUGUUGUGUGCUUGUACUGCCCGGUGGUAUCAGUCUUCCUGUAAUAUCAUUGAGUCAGAGGGGUGAGACCUUUUUUAUUUAUUUUUAGGAUGAGCAGAGAGAAUAGGUACGGGAUACCAUAAUCCCAGAAGAUAUAGGUUGUUGCUAUGGUACGUGGAAUGGACCUUUUUAAAUCUUUGUAAAUCUGAAAAUCCUUUUGAGUUUUAUUUAGAUUGCGUGGUAACAUAUUAUAUAAUUUACAGUAUUCAAGCAGUGUUUUAAACUACAUUCACACACAUCUCCUAUUGCCUUAAGUUUUAUUCUCUACUAACCAGUUUAUCCGAGACUUUCUGCUGUAUUUAAACAGACCAAAGAUGUGUUUACCAGUCUCUGAAUCAAAUGAUUUCCUAUGAGGGUUUUACUGACGCUGGAUGUCCUCAUGCAGAGCUUGAGGACAUCCAGCGUCGCCUAGCAAGCAGGGAGCGCCUCUAAUGGCUGUCAGGUAGAGGGCCACGAGAGGCUGUCUUAGUGUUGCAAUGUAAACCAAAAAAAAAGUGUCUUACAUUGCAGGGCUAAGUGUGACAGGGACAGUGCACCCAUACCACUUCAAUGAGAUGAAUUGUUUUGGGUGUCUAUAGUGUCCCUUUAACACAUAUCAGCCUGUUGUUUGUGAAACUGGUGUUUCUCAUUGCAGAUUGCGUUCAUUCUGCUUCGUGAUCCUGCCACCAGAGUUGUCUGAUCCUGGCAGGUGGUGACAAUCUCUCACUGCAGAAGAGGUUUAGGGAUUUCCCCUUAAAUGAACAAUACAAGCACUAUAACCACUACAGUCCCCUGUAUUGAUUUAUAUGUUGCCAAGAAUCCCCUGGUAAUUUGUCAAACUGUUUUAAAAUGAGUUGACAACUUACCUGGGACUCAAUUGACACCUGUGCCUGCAACCCCUGCAUCCAUACUGUCCUUUGCAGGAGAUUGUGAUUAGCUCAGAUGAGCUAAUUAAGCCCAUGCUGAGUUGUGCUCUUUGGCUGAAAGUUGACCUGAAUUCUUUUAUCAUUUAGGCUUAGCUCAGUGAAGGCAUCCAGAUGCCAUGCAGGCACCCGGAAAACAUGGUAUGUUGUCAAACCGUUCUAAAAUAGUUUGGCAGAUUACACUGAGAUAAUGAUUUACAAACUGGAUUUAAAAAAUAACUGACUUGGGGAAAAAAAUCUCUAAUUCAUCUGUAGUCACAACUACACAGGUGGUUUGAAGUCGAGACAGGAUUAUGGCGUGCCAGUGGCACAUAUUGCAUAAGUGCCAGGAUGACAGACAGCAAUCCAAAGCAGUCCAUACGCAGACAUUGGUGCCCAAAAUGUCUCGUAGGAGUCUUGUGCAACCGAGAGCAUAUUUAAAUACAUGCUCAUUCUGCACUUUACAGAAUUUUCUGUAGUGUCCCUAGUAUGAUGACACGACGGUUAACACGUAAAUAAUUUCAUUAGAUGGUGUAAAAAAAACCCCAUUAUAUUGUUUUCCAAUGCUGCGGUUUGCUUACUCCUUUCAGGGUUUUUACCCCCGAUGAAUACCUUCACUGUAUGGCAGUGAUUUUAGUGCUCCAGGUGUUGUAGGCUAUAAGUCCCAUGAUGCAUAGGCCUUGAAGCAGUAACCGUAGUCUGCAAUAGCUUGACUGCCAAUAAUUGCCCUUCCCUUUUUUUAAGCUUGAAAAGUGAUGCCAAAAUAUGUCACUUAGCAACCGCUAGCUAACUUUUUUGAUCUUUGCACAUAUUAAUGUAGGCGUUUUCACCAACGUAAGUUUCUGAAACUUCUUAUCACUUGCGGGAUUAUUUAUGAAAGUGUGAAAAGGCCAAACCGCAGAUUUUCCCAAUUCAGACAUUUUGGUCUAGCUUUUGAAAAAUCACUUUCAAUUCCUGGCAAUAUACAGGAUGUAAUGAAUAACAUUGCCUGUUAUAUUAGUUUUGUUCUGCUAAAGCUGUUUAGGUAUUCAUUAUUUGCAAAUCUUUGUUAGGCUUGAAGAGUUGCCCCAAAUGUGCAAUUUGAGUUAAAGGGACACUUCAGACCACUAAAGCACUUUAGCUUGGUGAAAAGAUUGACGUGUGACGAUUGUGUCCUCUUUUUUUUUUUUUUUUUUUUCAUCUUGGAAAUAAUGCAGAUUUCAAUAGAAAUUUACACUUUUAUAAAUUAAAUCAGUUACACCCCCCCGACUUUAAAGCCGACAGUCGGUCCUGUUACUUCCUGGUUUGGUUAGCUCAGUGGAGCUAAACUCAAGAGGCAGCAAUUGCCCAGAGCACCUGCCUCGCAAAGACUUCUCAUCGAGCUGCAUCUAAUCUAUGAUUGGACAGCCACAGAAAGUCUGGGCGGGGUUAGAAUUUGCAAAGGAAGCAGACAAGAGAACUGUAGCUUUUGCAAGCUGUUUUAUAUACAUAUACAAUAAUAAAAUGCAUGCACAUUUUAAUUUAGGUUAUAUCUACUAAACAGUGAUUUUUAUUUUGUAUUUGGGCAUUGGGUGUCCCUUUAAAAGCAAUUUGGUCUUUUGGAAAAUUAACAUUUGAGUUACUGUAUAUCUCCGGAUUUAGGUUUUAUUUUUUUUAUUCUUCUUUGAGAAACAUGUAUUCACUGCACCCAAAACUUGAGAUAUUCUACUUGUAAUAACAUGCAUAUUGUCCCAUGCAGCAGAUUCACAUUCCAGUCUGCAUAACAUAAUGCAAGUAAAUUACAAAAUAUAAUGUCAUAUGAAUGUCACAGCUUGUCGUUGACAUUCAAAGCAAAGAACAUGGAUAUCAGUGUAACACAAUCCUGCCAUUGCAUGAAAACACAGAAGAUAGAUGAUCAUCAUGUUAUGCAUUCACUGUUUAGAGAGUUAUUCAUUAUUGCAUUUUUUUUUUCUUUUCACUAGGACAUGAAUUGAAAACUGAAUUGCUGAAUUUAGGCCAAAAUAGCUAAAUAGUUAUACGAAUUUGAUUUUUUUUGUGCACCUGUUUUCAAUUCCCUGUUGGGUGAACAAAGCCUUGUGACUGUAGACGAGUAAUAUUAAAAAAUCCACAAUUUUUCUCCCCCAUCCCCCUUGCAUACCAUAAUUACUGUGCAAGUUCUUAUGGAUUGUGCAAAUGAAACCUCAUCAGGAACUUGGCAUCAGCUUAUUGUCUCAAAUAGUUUGAUACAAUGGAGACGCUGCACCAACAUACUCCUGGCAGACUAGUGACUAUAAAAAGCUGUAGUGGUUAUGGUGCUUAGUGUCCCUUAAAUAAUAAUAUAGACCCUGAUCCUCUGGUUGGUUCAGCCCCUGAGGACCACUCCUAGCACUCCUUCAGACUUAUUGACACAGCAUUUGCCUCUGGCUAUUGCUUCCUGGUUGUCUGUCCGGUUUCUGUAUUACACUUUAAAAAAUAAAUAAAUAAAUAAAGGGAACACUAAAAUAACACAUCCUAGAUCUGAAUGAAUUAAAUAUUCUUAUUAAAUACUUUGUUCUUAGUUGAAUGUGCUGACAACAAAAUCACACAAAAAUAAAUAAUGGAAAUCAAAUUGUUCAACCCAUGGAGGUCUGGAUUUGGAGUCACACUAAAAAUUAAAGUGGAAAAACACACUACAGGCUGAUCCAACUUUGAUGUAAUGUCCUUGAAACAAGUCAAAAUGAAGUUCAGUAGUGUGUGUUGCCUCCACGUGCCUGUAUGACCUCCCUACAAUGCCUGUGCAUGCUCCUGAUGAGGUUGCGAAUGGUCUCCUGAGGGAUCUCCUCCCAGACCUGGACUAAAGCAUCUGCCAACUCCUGGAGAGUCUGUGGUGCAACGUGACGUUGGUGGAUGGAGCGAGACAUGAUGUCCCAGAUGUGCUCAAUUGGAUUCAGGUCUGAGGAACGGGCAGGCCAGUACAUAGCAUCAAUGCCUUCGUCUUGCAGGAACUGCUAACACACUCCAGCCACAUGAGGUCUAGCAUUGUCUUGCAUUAGGAGGAACUCAGGGCCAACCGCACCAGCAUAUGGUCUCACAAGGGGUCUGAGGAUCUCAUCUCGGUAUCUAAUGGCAGUCAGGCUACCUCUGGCGAGCACAUGGAGUGCUGUGCGACCCCCCAAAGAAAAGCCACCCCACACCAUUACUGACCCACUGCCAAACCGGUCAUGCUGGAGGAUGUUGCAGGCAGCAGAACGUUCUCCAUGGCGUCUCCAGACUCUGUCACAUGUGCUCAGUGUGAACCUGCUUUCAUCUGUGAAGAGCACAGGGCGCCAGUGGCGAAUUUGCCAAUCUUUGUGUUCUCUGGCAAAUGCCAAACGUCCUGCACAGUGUUUGGCUGUAAGCACAACCCCCACCUGUGGACGUCGGUCCCUCAUACCACCCUCAUGGAGUCUGUUUCUGACCGUUUGAGCAGACACAUGCACAUUUGUGGCCUGCUGGAGGUCAUUUUGCAGGGCUCUGGCAGUGCUCCUCCUGUUCCUCCUUGCAAAAAGGCGGAGGUAGCGGUCCUGUGGCCUCCUCCACGUCUCCUAAUGUACUGGCCUGUCUCCUGGUAGCGCCUCCAUGCUCUGGACACUACGCUGACAGACACAGCAAACCCUCUUGCCACAGCUCGCAUUGAUGUGCCAUCCUGGAUGAGCUGCACUACCUGAGCCACUUGUGUGGGUUGUAGACGCCUUCUCGUGCUACCACUAGAGUGAAAGCACCGCCAGCAUUCAAAAGUGACCAAAACAUCAGCCAGGAAGCAUAGGAACUGAGAAGUGGUCUGUGGUCACCACCUGCAGAACCACUCCUUUAUUGGGGGUGUCUUGCUAAUUGCCUAUAAUUUCUACCUGUUGUCUAUCCCAUUUGCACAACAGCAUGUGAAAUUGAUUGUCACUCAGUGUUGCUUCCUAAGUGGACAGUUUGAUUUCACAGAAGUGUGAUUGACUUGGAGUUACAUUGUGUUGUUUAAGUGUUCCCUUUAAUUUUUUUGAGCAGUGUAUAUCUGUCUGUAGUGAGAAUGCCAGCAAUGGUGAGUUUGCAGACAGGUGUUGUGGACAUUGAAGAGAAAUGACCCACUCUGAUAAUAUGCAAUUAUUCAAUAUAAAAAAUACUGUGAUAACCAUAAGUGAAGUUGGGAGGCUGAAGUGCUUGUAUACUUGUCAGACCUCUGUUAGAUGGCAAUAUCAUAAUUGGCAAACUCAUUGCUGCAGGCUCUAGAUGGAAAUAAAUAGGGUAAAAGGUAAGAAAUUCUAAAUUAAACAGACUGAAGCAAAAAAUUUAGCCUUUUUUAUUUUUAAUUCUUUUUUCAGGGAGUGUAUAGGAGGGAGGCCGUUUGAGUCUUAAUCAGGGAGGUGUGGUUAUGGCUGCAAAAAUGAAGUGAUUUAACUAUUAAAUGGCAGAGAAUUGAGGAGUGAAGACCAAAACCACUCCUUUACGCUAACAUUGUUUUGGUGCUUAGAGGGUCCCUAUAAAUAUCAAUACUGCACUUUAUUAUGUUUAUCAGACUGACCACAAGAUUAUUUGAUUCAUGAAUUUCUCACAUAUUCUAUGUUGUCAUGGGAACAUGUAUGGGCUCUACUCAAAUAAUUCAAUGUAUUAUAAAAUACUGUUUUUGUAACGACCUAUUUUAUUUACAUUAAUUUUCCUUCUCCAGGUGGAUCCCUCACAAAGUUGGCUUAUUAUUCCACGGUCCAGCAUAAAGUAGCCAAAGUCAGGUCGUUUGAUCACACAGGAAAGGUAUGUUCCCUUUUUUUUUUUUUUUUUAAUAACCAUUUCAAUUAAAGAAGUUUAACAAGAGUUAUGCUUUCUAUAGAAAAGUAGUGGGUAACCUUAGCACUGCAGUUUCCAGCGUUUUUCAGUCUGUUUUUAGGCCAAGAUUAUCCAUCACUGCCAUAAUAUUCGAUUCGUAUUGGUCUGGAUGUGGAGAGAGAGAGAGAGAGAGAGAGAGAGAGUUUUUUUUAAAGUUAUGGUAAUACUUUGGAUAUGUGCAGAUACCUUUUUUGGGGAGAGCAUGCACAUCUUGCCUACAUUUGAAGCAAUGUAUAAUUUAGGAUGGAAUAGAUUUCUGCAAGAAUGCAGAGAAAAUCUUUUCAGAGUUAUUUACCCAGGAGAACGAAAAUCUGUGAUUACAUACACAUUUAACUAGGUUGUAGAUUAUCAUAAUUUUUUUUUUUUUUCUCCGAAUUCCUCUUUUGAAUCUCACACGGUUUAGAAAAGCAAAAUGGUAAUAUUUGGCAACUUUAUACUCUGGCUUUGUACUUUACAUUUUUUUUUUUAUAUAUAUAUAUUUAUUUAAUGUUUUAUUUAAAUAUAUAAAAGGAAACCGUACAAGACAAUAGUACAAAUAAUAAAAGUACAACAUAAUAUUCAUAAGUUAAUGCAUUGUGUAUUGGUUUAUCAAAGAAAAUAGACAAGACACAAUUUUUUUUUUUCUUUUACGGACUACUGAGGGCCAUUUGGUUGUUCAAUAAGAUAUUAAAUAAGAACAUUAAUGAGGUGAGAGUGUAUUUACUAAAACUUCAUACAUAAAGUAUGUAUAUGGUCCAGAGUUACUCCAAUUACCAGCGAGGGUUAAAUUCUAAUCAAUAUAGAUCAAAGGUAAUAGGCAAUUGUGUUGAGUUAAGAACAGGGGCCUGACUAAAUAAAUGACACUAACCAUGGAGCCUGUCUUUUGUCAAAAGUCAUGCCAUCUCCAGACUGAUGAUAAAUACCCCUUUCCGUGGUGUACUGAUAUUUAAGUCGAUGUACAUUUUUUUUUUUUUGUAUUUAUUUAUUUAUUUUAAUUAAUGGUGAGCUACAGAUUGGUGCUGAAGGCAAACUUUGGGGUUAAAUUACUCCACAAUGAUUUAACCCCUUAAGGUAAGAGUGCAUCUGGUGGCCUCCUGGCACCAUAACAACUUCAUUUAGAAGUUGUAUUAUCUUCCCCUUGCAGGCACUGGGAGUGUCUUUCUCCUCUUUUCCCCAACAAAAUCGCUAGUUUAAAAAAAAUAAAUAAAAAUAAAUAAAAAAAUCUCUACCUUCCUCCCCUUCAGAGCUCAGAUUGUGUGCAUGGGAUCUGAGAACGCUGUAGUGGUUAUGGUUCUUGGAUGCUCCUUUAAGAUUUGAUUUUUUUUUUUUUUUCCUAAGCCUGUUAAAAUCUACAAUGAUUUUAUGAUGAUAUAGAUUAGUCCGUUAAACAUUUUAUAAAAAAAAUAGAAAAAAAGAGAUACCUGAUGGGAAUAGGCAGUUUUCUAGAUGUCCAUAUUCUCUGUAUGCUCUAGCACAACAAAGUACAAUAAUACAAACAAAGAAUGCAAUCGCAUUCAUGCUAAAAAAACAAACAAAUAAAAAAACAACGGAAAAGCAGAUAAUUCGGCAUCAUGUGACAUGUUUUUUAAAGGGCACCUGCCUGAACCACAUCCUGUUUUCUGCACAGUAGCCUAAAUUCUAGUCUGACUUUCAAGGUUUCAGGAUAUCCUCACAAAUUUAAGUUUAAAAUUCACAUCAGGGAUACGCCUAGACAAAAAGAUAAUAGGUGUCAAUAAAAUUCUGGUUUAACAAAAAGUUGGAUAGUGGAACAGGGACAGAAAUGGAAGGACCCUAACAAAAUCGACACUCAAAACUGGUUCCUUGACCGCCGUAGAUGUGGUGGACAUGGUGUUAUAACUGCCAGCAUUAAAACAUCUAAAAUCAUAAGUUGGUAUUUGAUAACUGUAUGUAUGUGUAUAUUGCUGGUUCUAAUUUAUUGGGUUUGAAUCUGUGUGAGAAUACUGAGCAUAUGCAGCUGUGUAAAUGCAGGGUUCAAACCAUUAUUUAUUUAUUUAUUUUUUUUACUUUUUUUUUUUUUUAAUUGUUCCAAAGCAGGACAACUUAUACAUAACACACAUAACAAUAUCAAUACACUUUCAAAAUAGGCAUAUACGCAGCAGUUUGCGGCUUACAACAUUAUCCGCAUGAAUGCACGUUCAAAUUUUUACAUAUUACAGAAUUCGCAAUCAUGAAAUGCGUUUUUGCCUGGAUUUUCCAAGGUGUGAUUAACUCCACUUGGUGUUUUCGUAGUAAAAUAAAAUAUGUAACUACCGUGCUGUAGCUUGCAAUGAGAACAGUUAGGGGUACUAUACAUAUUCGCACUUGUUUCUCUAGCUUUACUGUAUACCCUUGAUAGUCCCGUUAUGCACAAUCUUACAAUUGUAAGGAAAAUGAUAGAUGGUUCAAAAGAUUGGAACCAGAAAAAUAGCGUCCUCGAGGGUCUGAGUAAGUAGGGAGAAGUAGUUAGGGGUGAGCAUGGGAAGGAUGAAGGGGGGGAGGAGUGCAGGGGGGGAGCCGCCCAACGAUAAGUGUCGCAAGGAUUGCAUUGCCUUACUGACUUCAUCUAUCCUAGGUAUCCCCUAAGUUUCCCUCAAAGAGAGAUGGGCUUAGGUGAAGCGGUCUGUAACUUGUCUCUUCAGUGCCCUGAGUGGUGCGGUUGUAGGGUUUAUGUUUUUGGUCCAGUCUGCUGUUUUAAUUACUUACUGUACUAUUGAUCUAAGGGAACAAUGACCUUGAUUUAAUAAGCUUUCCAGAUGAUUCAUUACUGUUAGAAUAACUUUCCAAUUUAUCCACAGAAGUCACAAAUAAAGGCUGUAGUAAUUUUUGUAGUUCAGUUAUUUGAAAAGGUUUUCUAACAGUUUUGAAUAAUUUGGGAAGCUUAUUAAAUCAAGGCCAAUGUUAGAAGUGGCUAGGAUAAAGCGGUUAUUGAAGUUAGAGAUUACAGAGUUAGAUUACGAGGCUGAGUGUACUACUAAGGACACUUGCCAAGGCUCCUGGUACUUAUCUAUUCCCAUCAGCCCACUUGAUCUCCCAAAACAGCACAUUAUAGGUGCACAGACACCCCCUACAGGACCAGUACCUACUCUGCUUUAAUACAAAAUCUGGCCCUGGAGAUUUCCAUUACUUUGCACUUCUUAACCCCUUAAGGACCAAACUUCUGGAAUAAAAGGGAAUCAUGACAUGUCAAGUGUCCUUAAGGGGUUAAAGGGGGGCUGUCACUUCUCUGCAAAAAACACCAUUUAAUAAAACUUUUGAAAAUCACAUAAAUUGUGUGAACUUUUUUUUUUCAACAUGCGAUGCUCUGUUUUCUUUUAAAUGUGUGUUUUUUUUUUUUUUUUUUUUUAAAGAUAUAGCAAACUGCAUCAUAAACCAGUUCCAUCCAGGCACAACUACAAUAUACAUUGUAAAUCAGGAGGCAAGAUGCAAACCUUGUUUAAUUUCUCCUCUUUCCUGAUUAUUUUCUAUUUGCUGACUGCCAGGUGCAGCAGUGUCCAUUAGUGGUAGCAGGGCCAUAUUGGAUAAGACCUUGCUUAGUCCUUUAAUUCAGAUAUUUGCUAAUUUUGUGUCCACACAGUGUAUAGAUAAGUCACCUAUGUAUAUAUAAAUUUGUCAUCCACGUGUUUUUUUGAGAAGAUAUGUCAAUUUUAACCUGAAAGCCCAUGUGGUUGUCUUGUAUCUCACCCAACACAACUUGUCUGUCCAAUACCUGCUCGAACACUCUAUUCAGCAAUCUAUUGUUCCUGCUGUUACACUGGGCUCUUGGCUUUUGUAUCUUUUUAUCCUCCUUUUUAAAUUUUUUUAAAAUUUUUUUUUUAUUGUUUAGCAGUUCUCAGUGCAUGAUCUUGUGUGCGCAAUUUUUUUUUGUCACAGUAACUUGCAUGUAUCAUUUACUGUGCGGUACUGUUGAAUAAGGGAAUAUCUUGGAGCUUCAUAAAUUGCGUGUGCACAGGUGUAUGAAAAAUACACAUAAAUAAAAUACUUAUCCCCGAUGUAAACACUGAACCAUUUAAAUUAAUAUACUUACAGCAGCAUCUUCCUCAAGUGGACUUAUUUACUUCCAGUUUAUUUGAAAAUUAUCGACUUGUGUCAGUGGAUAUUUUUAUCAGAAUUCUAGCAGCUUAAUCCAAUAAACAGACUGCUUGAGAAUUAUCGUCUGAUACAUGUGCUUUGGAAGCACAUUUAUCAACAUUUGUUUUUAAUGCCUAAACCUGUUGGGUCAUUUAGACAAAGUUGUUAUGGUACCAGGGGUGUUCCUUUAUCCCAAAUGAUCUAUUUCCUUUUUAUUUUUAUUUUUUUAUUGGGGGUGGGGUAUGUUGUGCCUAGGAGCGUUUGUUGGGUCAGGUGCCAUUCUUGAUAUUGAAAGGUUGCAAAUCAAAGUGAUAAAGUGAAGAUGACCGUGUGGCAACUGUUAACAUAGUUGUUGAUGGAUAUGGUGUCGGUUUGACUGGUGGUGUAGAGUUGUGAAACCUAUACAUACUGCAUUGGAAAUCUUUGUUCUCUGAUCUGAUAGAUGACUGCACAGAUUUUCAUCAGUGGUACAGUGUAGGCUCCCCGCAGGUGGAAGGAACUUUUUUUGUGUUUCUUAACAAAAGCGGUUUUACCAGGGCAGGAGAAGUCCUCGCUCAGUGAGGCAGAGAGAUCUUGGAUUGAAAAACAACCAAUUCUUACCGAUCACUCAUAAUGGCUUCACACACUGGCAAAGAGAGGCAGGUAGCAGAGGGAAUACCUGCACAAUGUAAAUUUGCAUAAUUGCACUUUAUAACCGUAAGGACAAAGGAAGCUACAUAAAAAUAAUUAAUCUGAACUUUUAAUAUUCAGAGGGAAAAAAAUUGUGGUAGUUUUCCUUUAAGCAUAAACUCUUAAUGUUCGACAAGUGGCAGCAUGUAUUCAGUAAACGUAUUCCAAUACUUCCCAAGUUAAGAGUGAUGAGAGGUUUAUUCAUUCAGGGACAAUUUGUAUUUGAUUUUUAGAUUCUGUAUUAUCGACUUGCCUAUUAAGUAGGUUUAGCACAUAGUUGUGUAUAAUAAAACAAAUGUUUUCGGGUGUAAUUUUAACUGUCUUCAGAAUACUCAAAACAGGAUUGCAAAAUACUUUAUCCGUUGUAUGCAUUUUGUCACUAAGAAUUUUCUUAGGGGUUUCUCCUUAAUGGCCAAAGAUAAGUCAGAAGUUAUAGGCACGCCUGUUGUGCCAUGAGCUCUGAUGAACUUUCAGUUCCAUCUGUUGCAACUGACUGAAAUGACCCAAAAUAAAGACCUUUAAAUAGGCAAGAAAACAGAUCUGGGUUUGAUGGAUUUCAGAAAGACCAUACUUGGUCUUGGACCACCUUUACAGACCGGAACUUACUGAUCUGUCUAUCUUUCAAAACCGUUGCAAGUGAGCUAAAACAUAUUUGAGAUGUCCCAAAGGCAUAGGCAUGCUGUUAAUUUCUAUAUCUGUUUAAAGGGGAGCUGCCAUUCUCGAGAAUUCCUACCAUUGAAUAAAAUAUUACAUUUUGCCCAUAACUCAUGUUAUAUUUAAAUCUAUAUUAAACAUUUUAGCAAAUUAUAUCAUCUUCCAGUUCAGACAAAGCAAAUCCCCAGGGAAAGCAUUGCAGACAAAGAGAAGAAACAAUGUUUAAUUUCUUGUCUUCCCUGUAUGGAUUUUCUUUGCUGAAUGCUGGGGAAGAGCUUACAACAAUGAUCGACAGAGGGUUAAGUAGGAGGUGCCUAUUUUCAGGUGUGGCAUUCUACAUUUAAUUGUAUUUUUCACACCCCACAAAUUAAUUAGUAAGCAUCACAUAAACUGGCGAUUCUCAGAUUUUUUUUAACACACUACGUUGCCCAAUAUCAAUAUAUAAUUGGCUUUAAACUCAAAUUUACUAUUCCUAUUGUAAAUUUUUUUUUUUUUUUUUCCUUCUCUCUAGAGUAAAAAACAUUUCUGGAAGUAAUCUCAACUCUAGAUAGUGCAAUUUAUCUUAAAGGACCACUAUAGGCACCCAGACCACUUCAGCUUAAUGAAGUGGUCUUGGUGCCAGGUCCCCUUAGUUUUAUCCCUGCAGCUGAAAGCAUUGCAGUUUCGGAGAUCCAGUCACUAGAGGCGGUUUCUGUGAUUUACACUGAGUAAAUCGCGCUUAUCUGAUGCUGGACGUCCUCACGGAGUCCAGUGUCAAAUAAGCUCCCCACAGGAAAGCAUUGAGUAAUGCUUUCCUAUGGGUGUGUUUUUAAUGCGCAUGCGCGCCUCCAAGAGCCUAUAGUGCCAGGCAAACAGGUUUGUUUUCCUGGCACUAUAGGAUCCCUUUAACGUUUAUGUUGUUUUUUACUACAACUCCCAUUUAGUUUUGCUCAGCCUCCUGUUUGAGACCUGUGUGUCCUGCCUACUACAAUGUACAGUGUUCUAACCUAGAUGAGUUUGCGUUUGUGUAAACAAAUAAGGAACCUGAGUGGAUAAGAUGAGUGAGACUGUUUCACCAGAAGGAAACCCUGCCGUGUUUAUGCGCGUGCUUGUAUGAGGUUUUAGCCUUUCUGUUUGUUGCUUCUAUAUUUCACCUGAGAUAUGUAAAAUGCACUGUCCUCUUCCAUAGGAUGCAGACCAUGAUUCGUUGUAUGAAAUAUCCGAACAAGAGGAGAUCACAGCUCGACUCCACUUCAUUAAAUUUGAAAACACUUACAUAGAGACCUGUCUGGACUUUAUCAAAGAUCAUCUAGUGAAUACAGAGACAAAGGUUAUCAAGGCAACAGGUGGAGGAGCCUACAAAUUCAAAGACCUCAUUGAAAAGAAAUUAGGAUUAAAGUGAGUUGGCUCAGUGUCUGACAAACAAGAGUUCAAGAAUUUGAAUAAAUUGUAUAAUUUAUGCUCCAUGCUUAUUAUUCUUGCUGGAUGCACGCAUCCAUGUUAGGUAGGUACUAUUUUGUGUUAUUUUUUUUUUUUAUUUAUUUUUUUUUUAAUUAAUUUAUUUGUAUACCCUAGGUGGCCCUGUCUUAAACUUACUUUAACAUUACCCAUAUUUUAUUUCUUCUUUGUUUUGUACAUAAAAACAAAAAAAAUAUUUGUUUUAUCCAUUUUGCAGGCACAUAAAGAUUUGUUUUAUUUUUAAAGAAAACUGUAUUGUCAUAAGGUAUGAAUAUGACAAUAAAAACAAAUCUACACCAACAAAAAUAAGAAUCUUCAACUGACUGGUUGUCUAUAUCCAAUACCAUUGAUUUUCCUCUUGAUGCUCUUCUUUAAUUGGGGGUGGGGGAGGGCACGCAGAGUGUAAAGCAGUUUUAUACUUUCAAAUGCCCUACAAACUAUACCAGCAGUAAGUAAAUGACCACAUUAACAUGCUGUGUUUUUGCAUGUUUACAUUUUUUUUCUUUUUCAGAAUGUUGCACAAUAAGCCUGCCUCUUUAGCCACUCCCCCUCACUCCUGACAAAAACUUCCUUAUCAAAUAUAUGUACAUAGCUCGGCCACUGACACUAAUGAAUAAACUGAACUAUAAAACAAUCCGCAUUAGAAGGAGAGGACACCAGGCACACUUAAAGGACCACUAUAGGCGCCCAGACCAGGUCCCAGGUCCAGCUAGGUUUACCCUUUUUUAGAGAAACGGCUAUGUUUAUAAAUGGGUUAAUCAGCCUCUAGUGGCUGUCUCAUUGACAACCGCUAGAGGGCUUCCGCGCUUCUCACUGUGAAAAUCCGUGAGAAGACGCCAGCGUCCAUAGGAAAGCAUUGAGAAUGCUUUCCUAUGGACUGGCUGAAUGCGCGCGGCUCUUGAUGCGCAUUCAGGCGAUGACGGAGGAAGAGGGAGGAGAGGAUGAGAGAGCUCCCCGCCUGGCGCUGGAGAAAGAGGUAAGUUUAACCCCUUCCUCCCCCCAGAGCCCAGCAGGAGUGCGUCCCUGAGGGUGGGGGCACCCUCAGGGCACUAUAGUGCCAGGAAAACAAGUAUGUUUUCCUGGCACUAUAGUGGUCCUUUAAAGGGACAUUGUAGUCACUAUAACCAUUUCAUCUCUUUGAAUUGGUUAUAGUGCCUGGAGUGCCCUGGCACUGUCCCUCCAUUCAGUGUUGCACCAUGUUUGUGCAGUAUGCCAAAAAAUAAGAGUCCCUGGCCACCCACAGUCCAGCCUCUUCUGUAUGUGUAGCUAAGGCAAAGUUUACACACUUCCUUUUUGUCAUACCCAUUCAUACCAUCAGUUGGAGCUCUGACAGGCUAAACGCAGUCAGCUGACACUCUCAGCCAAUCACAGCUGCCCACAGCUGCUCAGGCUAAUACUUCCUUAUUAGCCAAAGCAGCACAGAGGGGAUGGACUGCCAGGGACUCUUGUUUAGCAUUAAAACAUAAAACAUGUUUAAUGCUGAAAGAAAUGAUGGUACCAGGGUACUCCAGACACUAUAACCAGUUUAAUGAGAUGAAGCAGAUACAGUGCCUACAGUGUCCCUUUAAAGUAAUGGUAUCACUACCUGUUUACGGUUACUCAGACUGUCAGCAGCAAGGUUGUAUAUUCGAAGCAGAUCAGUCACUACUGUUGGCGCUGAGUGUGCAUACAUUUGAUAAGAAAGUCUUUGUGGCAUGAGGGGCAUUGAUUAAAGAGGUGGGCUUAUGGUCCAGAAUUCUACAAAACUUUUUUUUUUUUUUUUGUGCAAGGAUUUGAGCUUGUAAAAAAUCUAAAUCACUAAAUCUAUAAUAAGAAUGAGAGGAGAUGAGACACAGGGCAGCUUCAAGAUUGCCUAUGGUGAAUGGCAUGUACCUUUUUUAUUUUUUUAAAUUUUUAUCUACACAAUACGCAAUGCUGAAGUCCAUUUCUUUUAACUUCUUUUAUGUUUAACAAUAUAUCUAGUUUGCAUGUGUUCGUUAAUAGUGAAAUUUUGUU